CACCCCUCAAAGGCUCAUUCACACACACACACACACCCGUGCUCGCCCGCGUCCCGGGCCCGGGGGCCGCGAUGGCCUGCCGCUCCUGCGUCGUUGGCUUCAGCAGCCUUAGCAGCUGUGAGGUGACCCCUGCGGGCGGCCCCCGGCCUGGGACCUCGGGAUGGGGCAUCUGCGGGACCCCCGGGCCAGGCUUCAGCUCCCGCAGCCUCACAGGCUGUGAAGCGGCUGGCACCAUUGCCAAGGUAACCGUGAACCCCAGCCUGCUAGUACCCCUGGACCUCAAAGUGGACCCAGCCAUCCAGCAGCAGAAGAACCAAGAGAAGGAGGAGAUGAAGGUCCUCAAUGAUAAGUUUGCCUCCCUGAUUGGCAAGGUGCAGGCCCUGGAGCAGCGCAACCAGCUGCUGGAGACCCGCUGGCACUUCCUGCAAGGCCAGGACUCUGGCACCUUCGACCUCGGGCACCUCUACGAGGGAUACCAAGCACGGCUGCAGGAGGAGCUACGCAAAGUGAACCAGGAGCGGGGACAGCUGGAGGCCAGCCUGCUGCAGGUGCUCCAGAAGGUCGAGGAGUUUCGAAUCAGGUAUGAGGAGGAGAUCUCCAAGCGCACAGACAUGGAGUUCACCUUCGUCCAGCUGAAGAAGGACCUGGAUGCAGAGUGUCUCCGUCGGACCGAACUGGAAACCAAGUUAAAAGGCUUGCAGAGCUUCGUGGAGCUGAUGAAAAACAUCUAUGAGCAGGAGCUGAAGGACCUGGCAGCCCAAGUGAAGGACGUGUCAGUGACCGUGGGCAUGGAUAGCCGCUGCCACAUCGACCUGAGCGGCAUCGUGGAGGAGGUGAAGUUGCAGUAUGACGCCAUCGCGGCCCGCAGCCUGGAGGAAGCCGAGGCCUACUCCCGGAGACAGCUGGAGGAGCGGGCUGCCUGCUCAGCUGAGUUUGGGAACAGCCUCCAGAGUAGCCGCAGUGAGAUCGCUGACCUCAACGUGCGCAUCCAGAAGCUUCGAUCCCAGAUCCUCUCCAUCAAGAGCCAUUGCCUGAAGCUGGAGGAGAACAUCAAGGCAGCGGAGGAGCAGGGAGAGCUGGCCUUCCAGGACGCCAAAGCCAAGCUGGCCCAGCUGGAGGACGCCCUGCAGCAGGCCAAGAAGGACAUGGCCCGGCAGCUGCGCGAGUACCAGGAGCUCAUGAACACCAAGCUGGCCCUGGACAUCGAGAUCGCCACCUACCGCAAGCUGGUGGAGGGCGAGGAGAGCCGAAUGGACUUGCCUUCAGCCUCCAUGGUCAGCGUGGUGCAGUCCAGAUCCAGAACCGCCGCCUCCAAGCCCAGCCUUUCGAGAGCGCCCUCCCGGAAAAAGAAGAACAGAAAAGGCCCUGUGAUCAAAAUCACCGAAAUGUCCGAGAAGUUCCUCUUGCAAGAGUCAGAGGUGUCAGAGUAAGGCAGCUGGAGCCCAGGAGCCUAGGUCACUCCCCUGCAGCUGGAGGGACUUCAGCUGGACUCAAGCAAGCAGCUUGGAGCCUCUGGGUUGGGCGGGGAGGCAAACCUGAUCCUGAACUGAAAGGGGGAGCGUUCAAAACCGGGACUGCUUUUCUGUGGGUGGCCGAGGGUGGUACAGGACUGUCACCAGCUAUUAAGAAUCACGCCGCUCCAUCUCAAUAUUUCAGUCCUACCCUCCCAGCCUUCUGGCCAGAGGUCUUCUGACUGGAGAAACUGGAACUGGGGAUCAGUUUUUUCUCCACCUCCUUUCUCUUCCGAGGCUCCUCCCCUAACAGAGGGCUCUGACCAAGGAACCUUUGAUACUUUUCGCCCAACCCUUGCCCUAAACUCCGAUAUCAAGCCUUACCUUGCCUCUGCCUCAGGACCGAGGCUGGUGCCCUCGCUCACCCAGCCCCAGCCAGCCAUGGAUCAGGCGCCGAGGAGGACGACCUGGGCACCCUCUCCCCAUCUGCAGCUCCUGGGGAGGCUGGGUGCAGAGCACCCCUGGGUUUCCUGCACCAGGGAUCUAGGCACCCCCAGAGACCUGACAGUAUUAGGGAGUGAAGGGAGGAAGCUCCCCGGGUCUGUGGGACCUGAGCAUGGGCCUCUGAGGUCAGCCCAGAUGCCUGUGCCCCUUCCCUCCUGGCUCCUUCUCCAGAUGCUAAUCUUGCCAUGAUAAACCCCCUGUGAGGAGGAGGCCAGAUGGCAACCUGAGACCAGGCAAGGGAAUUUGGCCCUUCCUUCUGCUCUCUGCCACCCCAAGGUUCACCACCCUGCCCAGGAUCCAAGCUCGCUGCACUCCCCCAAACCCCACACCCUUCCCCCCUUCCCAUGCUUAGGUGUUUCCCAAGCCUGAAAUCUGGCUUUGGUAGACCAAGUCUGGAGAACCCCCCAGCCCCAACACCACCAUGAAACCAUGGGCCAUUUCCCCUGAAUCCCCCUCUCAGGGUCCCUGCUCUCUCCAUGAGGCUGAACAGCCCGACCCUCCCUUCUAUCCCUCCUUGCAUUUGCUGGGGAGCCCAGGAACACCCCAUACCUGUGGGGUUAGAACUUCUUUUUUUCUUCCCCCCUGCCCCCUCUUCCCACUACACCCACUACCCCCUCCUCACCUCCCCAGUGGGGGGCCAUGAAGAAGGCACAGUCCAGGCAGGUCUGGGAGUUUCUGAGCCCUUCUGGUCCAGGCGGGGAGCUCCAGUGACAACCAAAAAGGAAUUCUGCAUCCAAAGAGAAGAUUUGGCACUCGGAGGAGCAUUCCUCUUUCCUUGUCUUGCUCUCACCUUUGGGGCUUACAGGGCCAUCCUGGUGGCUCCAGCUUCCCACUCCAGCACCCACUCUCUCUCCUUCGCUCCCUGCUUCCUCCCUCUCCCUGACUCACUCCUCUGCUAGCCCCAGUCUUUGAUUCCUUCAUCUCACUUUCCAGGACAUGAUCCCUCAAGGUCUUGGCCUCAGCAAGGCCCAAGGUCCUCCAUGCCUGUAGGGGGCGCUGAAGGGCUACUGACGCUCAGGCUGGAGGGAAAUCGGACUUAGACUCAUCCCUGAAGUCCCAAACAGGGUGCUGAUUGCUGCUCUUUCUCUGCCUAUUUAUUGGUUUCCAAGGGAGCAAAUCCUCAGUGGGGAUACAAGAUACAUAAAGUAUAUAUAUGUUAUUUUUCAUAACUUAUGUGGCUUUUAACUUAUUGCUUCCCUUCCUGUUUCUGCAUAAUCAGUGCUGUAUUUACUAUCUGGGUAGACAAUACAUAUCCCAGCCACCCCAUCUGGCUGGCUGACCAUCUUGGGGCAAUGCCCCCUUCUCCCUGCCAAGGGAUGAAUAAAGUGCUGAGAUUUGUCCAUGGA